AUGAUUCAUUAUUUUUGUUUGGUCAUAGCUGAUCCCAUUAUAGCCAGUUCCGCCCUGCUUGACCACAGGCACUGCUACAACGAUGAAGCGGAAAUCGAGCGAGACGUGGAUAUAGCUGUUGGAGCCAGCGAUAUUCUUUUCCAAAAUUGGUCAGGCAUUUAUCUGCGUGAGGAGCUUGCCGAUCAGAUGCUCCAUGUUGUAGAACAGGACGAACUGUUUGAUGGAACGAAACACGAGAAGUCAAAUAAACGACACGGUUCUCUUCUGGCGCUCUCGGCAGUGAUCCGUGCACAUCCGAUAACAAUUCCACCAUUGGUCUUCAAAAUGAUACCGAAAUACUGUCGGCUGGGUACAGGCGCCGACUUUUUAACACGAGUAAGUGUAUUUUAUCAGUACUUGUCCUGA